AUGUUCGACAAGCUGAAGAACACGACCUGCCCGGCGCCGAUAUCUGACGCCGAGGCCAAGCCUUUGAGCAUUGGAAUCACAACGCAACGACUCCUCACCUACAUUUCUAUUCCAUGCGCUGCCAUCUCAUCAAUCGCUUGCCUUUAUCUCAUCUUCAAGCAUCUACACCGAUACACUCGACCGGCAGAACAGCGUCAGAUCGUCCGCCUCAUCUUCACUCCCGUCAUUUACAGCAUCCUGGCUGUACUGUCGCUCCUGUUCUACGAUGCGCAUGAAUAUAUCGAGCCGCUACCUGAGCUGUACGAGGCCUUCGCUCUGGCAUGCCUCUUCGUGCUGUUCGCGCAUUAUUGCCGAAACCCCACUGUGCGAGAUACGAGCGGGUUUACGCGGGCCAAAACGCGCAACGAGUUUGAAAGCAUUGCAGAUAUCAAGAAAACAUGGAUCCUGGUUUUCCAAUACCCCAUCGUCAAGACCAUCCUCAUCAUCGCACAAGAAGCAUCGACAGCGACAGGAACGUACUGCGCGGCUUCCAACUCGAUCCAUUUCGGUCACAUCUGGAUAACGGUUAUCGGAAGCAUCUCUUUGGUUGUCUGUUUCAUGACCAUCCUCCGGUUCUACAAAGUCAACAAGCACCUCAUGACGGUCCACAAGCCCCUGGCAAAGCUCGCCUCGUUCAAGCUCAUCGUCUUCGUCAUCUUCCUGCAGAACCUGGUCUUCAACUUCAUCCCCACGCCCAAGGGCCUGUCGUCCAACGGCACCGUGUCGCCGCGCGACAUCAAGUACGGGCUGCCGUCGUUCCUGGUGUGCGUCGAGAUGGUCUUCUUCUCCUUCUUCUUCCACUUCAGCUUCCGCAGCCGCCUGUACCACCCGUCGGAGCGCGGCACCGGCGCCGCCAUGUCGCUGCCCGCCGCCGCCUUCGACGCCAUCAACCCGUCCGACCUCGUCAUGGACAUCGCCCAGAUGUUCACCACCGGCCCCGUCGCUGCCGGUUACAUGCGCACCCAGAGCCCUGCCGCCUUCGCCCAGAACAGCCCGGCGAUGCACCCCCUGGUGCCGCCGGCCGCUGGAGCGGAGCGCCCGGUGUCGCCGGUCAGCAUGCCUCCGCCGUACGACAGGCCGUAUGAUCCCGCCUACAGUCAGCACCUUUCUCCGCCGCCCCGCAGAUGA